UAAAACUUCAAAUACAAAUUACAUUAAUCUUAGCCAAAAAUAACAGUGGAACAUGACUACUGCCAUCGUUGUCGGAGCUACAGGCAUUCUGGGCCGAGAAAUCGUUCAUCAGCUAGGCCAAAAUCCACAAAAAUGGAGCAAAGUCUAUUCCUUGUCACGCUCCCAGAAAGAAGAGUUCCCUUCCAAUGUUGAACACAGACAUAUCGACCUCACUGGGAACGCCGAUGAUGUAGCCAAGAACCUAGAGGGUAUAACGGCUGAUUACGUCUUCUUUGCUGCUUACCUCCAGGAGGUAGACGAACAGAAGAAUUGGGAUGUUAAUGGCGAUAUGCUACAAGCAUUCCUCGAUGCACUUGUCAAGAACGGCAUUGAUAAGCAACUCAAGAGAUUCUUACUUGUGACGGGUGCGAAGCAAUAUGGUGUCCAUCUCGGACCUGUCAAGAAUCCUAUGCUUGAAUCUGAUCCUUGGCUGACUGACCAGUCAACCUUCCCGCCAAACUUCUACUAUCGUCAGCAGGAUAUCCUGAGGAAGUUCUGCGACAAGUCAAGCGGCCGCAUCAGCUGGAAUGUCACUUAUCCUAACGAUGUUAUUGGCUAUGCACGAGGAAACUUCAUGAACCUGGCCACGGCAGUUGGCAUUUACGUGGCGGUCAACAAAGAGCUUGGCAAAGACCUUGUCUUCCCUGGUUCGGAAAGAUUCUACGCUGGAUUCGACUCCUUCACUAACGCAGAGCUUCAUGCAAAGUUCUGCGAAUGGGUCGUUCUCGAGUCUUCAACUGCCAAUGAGGCUUUCAACGUCGUGAAUGGCGAUACUGAGAGUUGGCAGAACCUGUGGCCUAAAGUCGCAGAACGAUUCGGCACGAAGGUCGAUACCUCUCAAUUCAAGCGGUCUCAUCCAUUGAGCUCAUCUAGCGAUUUGCACCCCGUUCCUCCCAUUAGUUUGUAUGAGGAGAAGUCAGGGCUUAAAGGUAUCACCAAACCAGGCAAGAUGGAGCAGACAAUCGAUUUGGUCAAAUGGAGCCAGCAGUCCGAGAUCAAGGAAGCUUGGAAAAAGAUUUCCCAGCGAGAAGGCUUGGAUGAAAAGGCGCUGGAACAGGCUACCUGGGGAUUCCUCGGGUUUGUGCUUGGAAGAAACUAUGAUCUCGUCAUAAGUAUGAGCAAAGCUCGAAAGUUUGGUUGGACUGGAUAUACGGAUAGUUGGGCGGGCCUGAGCAAGGUAUUUGAUACACUCAAGGAUGCUAAGGUACUUCCUUGAACUUUGUAUGCUUGGAACAAGAAUACAAGUGAACAGUAUCUAUAAUAGAAUGACUGGCUCAACAUAUUUUUCAUACAACCUUGAAUUCCUUCACAGAUCUGUUUCGCUCAUGUUCUUCCGUAGGACUCGUGCAGCAUGGCGAGCCAGGAGGUUAUGUGACUCAACAGCAUCGAGCAAGACCAAUCCAGCUUCAAUAGCCUCGAGGUACUCUCGAUUAUCUUUCGAGCUAUUACUUUGGCAUUCGCGCAGAAGAAACAUGGCGGAAGAAUAAAUGUGGUAAGAGAGUGCCCUAUUGAUUCAGCAUUCUGAUACGAACCUCCAGGAGGAUCAUUGCUUACCACUGCUUUCUGGUUGAUGCCG